AUGAGUGCACCGUCCUCAUCAUCGGGUGCUGGUGAGAAGACAUCUGUAAACGAGAAGAAUAUCAACACGGAAAGCACAGUGGUCGCUCUCAGCAAUGAAACCGAUCAACCCAGCGUCCUCGACGGGCAGGAUUCAGAUGACGGCCGAAGCCCGAAAAACUGGAAUCCGUCGAAGAAGCGACUUUUGUUCCUCGCCUUGAUGUCCAGUUCAAUCCUUGCUGAUGGAGGCAUGACCUGGGGUGCAACUCUGGUAGCUCCUCAGGCCUUCGAAUGGCACACCUCUAUCACGCACUCGGCCACUUCUCUCAACUACGGCAUCCUGCUUCAGGGCUUUGGCGGUAUAUUUGCUGUGCCCUUUAUUGACGCAUACGGCCGCCUCCCAGUCUGGCUCUAUCCUCAGAUCGUCACCCUCUUUGUCGUACUAGGCUGUGUUUAUGCUCAGUCAUGGUCUGUUUUCACGGCUUUACGCGCCCUUCAAGGUCUCUUCGGAACAGUCCCUCAAGUGAUUGGCUUGCCGAUAAUCCACGACAUGUAUGAACCGCACGAAUGGCCACGAUAUAUCAACAUCUGGGGAACAACUUUCCUAGUUGGCCCUUUCCUCUUCCCUGCUCUAGCGGGAUACAUCCUCGAAGGCACCGGCUCCUGGCGUGACUGCUUCAAAGUCCUGACAGGCCUCUACGGAUUCUCUACGCUGAUGAUCCUGGCUUUCGGCUACGAGACAUACUAUAACAGAUCAACGGGCGUCCAGCAAACGAACCGGAUCAAGGGGUUUUUGGGUAUUGGGAACACCAACCUACCAAAGGCACAGACGCUCUCGGAGUCGACUGUUGACAUCAUCAAGCUCACUUUCACUCUCCCCAUCCUCCUUGUCGGCCUCUCCACCAUGAUCAACUUCACAUGGCCCAUCGGAAUCACCACAACUAUUGACGCCUUUGUGCGAGCGCCGCCUUACCUCUUUGACAAUGUUGAGGAUGCCUCCAUCCGCUUUGCUGGUGUCAUCGGCGCCCUUUUGGGCUUCUGCUUUGGAUACUUCUUCAAUGAAUGGAUCUACAAUGGUUCCGGUGGAAAGCGAAAGGCCCACUGGCGAAGCGAAUACAGACUGCAUGGCGUGUGGUUCCCCAUUGGAAGCAUGGUGUGUGGCUUACUGACGUAUGGUCUCACCCUCAACUACGGGAAAAGCUGGGUUGGACUUGCGUUUGGGUGGGUCAUGGUGAAUAUCGGUUUGGUGGGCACUAUGGUUGCCAUCACUGCCUUUGCUCUCGAGAAAUAUCCCACACACGCUGCAGUUGUGUCCGCAAUCAUCAACAUGUGGCGAACAUGCGGCGGAUUUGCCGUCGGCUAUUUCCAGCCAAGCUGGAUUGCGAAGGAUGGUUUGACUGCGGUGUUCGCGACCCAGGCUGCUGUUGUGCUAGUCACCGCCAUCCUGCUCAUUGGUGCAACUAUCUGGCUCGGAAGGCGCGCUGCAAACAGAAAGAGUGCGGCAGAUGUCACAGGUGAAGCUUGA